AUGACAUCUUCAACUAAGCCCCCGAAGGCUAUUCUUUUCGACAUUGGUGGAGUAGUCGUCAUAAGUCCUUUCCAAGCGAUCCUCGACUAUGAAAUCGAGAACAAGAUCCCCAUCGGCUACGUAAACUACGCGAUCCAAAAAGGACCUCACGAUACGGGCGCAUGGCAACUCAUCGAGCGCGGCGAAGUUGAACUUAAUGACGACUGGUUCGCAUCCUUUAAGAAACAGUUGAUGCGACCAGAGGUCUGGUCACAAUUCCUCCAGAAGCUUGCGCAACAGGAGAGCGUCGGUGGCGGGCAGGCAAUCGAGGGCGGGAAUCCGCAGGUACCGGACAUUGAUGCGAAGACGUUGUUCUGGCGUAUGAUGAAGAUCAGUCGGGCACCAGAUCCGUACAUGUAUCCUGCGCUACGAAAGCUAGGCGAGAGCGGGAAAUUCGUUUUGGGCGCAUUCAGCAACAACGUUACGUUCCCUACGGGCAUCCUCGACGAGGAAGGGAAGCUCUUCACGAAAGAGCUUGUCCACCCACCAGCUCCAAACCCUUACGCGAACGACUCCACAGACAUUACGACGUGUUUCGACAUCUUCCUUGGUUCGGCGGCCGUGGGUGUCAGAAAGCCAGAUCCGGAGGCGUACAAGCUGGCGGUACGUGAGAUGGAUAAGAUUGCGAGGAAGAAGGGAAUGGGAGGGGUGACGGAAGGCGACACGCUCUUCUUGGACGAUAUUGGCAUAAAUCUUAAAUUUGCGAAGAAGACGGGAUUGAGAACAAUCAAGGUGAACCUGGGUAGGACCAAGGAUGCCGUAAAGGAGCUGGAAGAGGCAGUUGGCCUUCCGUUGUUGGAUGAUAAAGCUAAGCUUUAA